AAAAAUACUAACAAUAGACUUCUGAGUCACACAAACUCAGAAGUUAAUGUGAAAGAAGAUUGUGUUGGGUGGGUAGAGAAGCUGGAGGUUAUGAAAAACUUCAUUUAGUAAAAAUCCCCAAAAGUAUCCAGAUGAUUGUGGCUCCUCUGUAACCAACGCCUUUAUAGGAUAUGUACAACCUAAAUUGAGAACUAUACUUAGGAGACAGAUGGCGUCAAUACGUCCGUACUACUGGAUUAUAUUACUCCUGUCCAUUAUUCUGAUGUCUUUAAUAAUAAUAAUAAUUUUUAUUAUUAUCAAUGUUUGCAUCAAAAAAAGAGCUGCUGGGUACCAAACACAGACAAAACCAAAUCCUUACAAUGACACAAAGCCUAAAAAUCAGGAAAGUAACGUUUAUCACAAAAACUUUGAGAGUGAGAAACCGCCCUUACCUCCGAGAGAUCAGUUUCUAUCCACGGAAUCUGUGGAUGAGGGUUAUGAGCACGUGGAGCCUUUGCCAGACUACCUGAUGGUUGAGGGUUCGACACCUUUCAUGCACCAAAAGCCCUGCGCUCUACAAUAUGCCACGGUCGAGACCGAAAAUUUUGACAGAGUGAGUGUCUCUGAGGAUUAUGAUGAUGUUGAAAUUCCUGCAAACACUGACAGCGAGGAUUAUGAUGACGUUGUUUGCUAAAAUGCUCAAAUCAGUACUGGCUCAUCUGGAUGCAUUCGAUACUUUGAUUUAAUCUGUUAUUGCAUGUAAAAAGUUAUCUUUUAAUAUGCAUGUGCAUAUGCUUCCAUGCAGUUACUACUUUCAUGCAAUCUUAUACAGGCAUGUUUACUUUCAUUUGAUUUUGAAUACAAUAUCAGGUGUUGUUGUUUGUCUUUAAAGCCCCACAUGGAUUAUUUCUGAGUAUAUUACCUUCCAUGGCACCCAGAGAGAAUCUAUGAGAGAUCCUUACAUCUAAGCUGCUUCCUGCUUUUCCACACAUGUAAAGGGAGAAUGGGAAGGAUGUGAAAUGAACAUGUAAAGUAAGAAUGUGAAGGACGUAAAAUGAACAUGCAGGGUUGAUGUGAAGAAUGUGAACUGAAUUCCUACUUUAGUGUUUUUAUGCCUUAUUCCUGAGGUAGUUAGACAUGCGUGUGUCAUGAAAAUAAAUAUAAUAUAUUUUUUUGGAAUAAAAGCCGGUAAUAAGGUUUACCUUAUAACUUUAAAUAAAAUUGUGUAUUUUUAUUCCUGGAUGUUCUUUAGGUAAAGGGGUUGUAGUUGAUAUCUUCCCCCGGUGUACCAAAGAGCAUCAGAUUUACUUGCAUUAUGGUUUUCAUGUGUAGCUUUCAGUUGUUUUACAUUUUUGUCUUCCCACUGUAUGCCAUGUAACAUUGUUAUACAUAACACUCUUUAAAAUCCCACUGUAUGACUUUGUCUUCCAAAGAACGCAAAUAGGAAAUGUUCUGAAAGUGUCCCCAACCACAGCUCUCAAAUGACCAACCACUGACAUCAAGUCUACACAGUAUAUGCACAACUAGCCAACAAUUUCCUCAGAAAAACAUUACUCAUUGAUUUUGGGCAGUGUUAUCAAGAUGUUUACUAUGUGUGUCAGACUGAAUGAAGAAAUUGUCUAUUAAAGGAAUCUGUUUGCAUUACAGUAGGUGGAGCAAGCGGUCACACUCACCUAUUACAUCAGCUUCGUGCACGAAAGGCAGUUACAGGAUGCCCAUUUUUGGCUGUACUGUAGAUAUCUAUCUAUAAAGAACAAUUCUGUAUCACAAAAAGUAGGGGUGCUCCAAUAAAUCGGCCGAUGAUGCUCGUUAUGCAUCUCAACGAAGUUCGGUGAAAUGCCGCUACAUCCAAACGCCAGGGGGCGCUCUCGUGCAGAAACUCAAUUAUGCGCUGCAGACGAAGAACCGUUCACACGUAGCUACAGCUUACUUACACAUAUUUAUAUUGCUGUUCUAUAAACUUUUUCAGGUAUUUUCAUGAUAAUAAAGAAUAUGUAUAAUGAUUAUGUUUGAUGAGUGUUGCUUUUUCAAAUGCAUGUUACAAACGACCUAAACUAACUGUGAUUUUAGAUCGAUAAGGACUUACUGAUCAAAAGCCGUAGUAACGUUACAUGAAAUAGGUGUGAAUAAUAUAAUUAUCGGACACGUUUUAUAAUUGUGUAUCGGCAUUUAUCGGAGGACCCCUAACAAAAAGUUUGUUGUAGUGGAAAAUGGUUCUUCAAUUAGUUCCAAAUGCUGCCGCGAAAUCCGACCACGUUGCACCCCUUCUAAAAUAAUUACAUUGGCUGCCCGGGGAGUUCCGUAUUGAGUUUAAAGGUGCCACAGAAUGCAAUGAAAUAAUAUGUUAAAAUAUAUAAUGUGAAAUGUUUUAACAUGUCAAUUUACACCCCUAGGAUUUGUCCUUUGAAUGAAAUUGUCUAAUUUUGCUAUUUUAUAACGUUGAGCUCUGCUUUGAUUGGCUCGGCUCUGAGGCUCAUGCCAGUAGCUCAUGUUAGUAAACAUGUUGGGGCGUACAUCUCGACUGUUACAUCACAGUCGGUGUUUGUUGAGAUCGGCCUGUUUUCCAGCAGUAUUUUGCAUGCACGAGGUUUACAUAAGAAUGAGGAAACAAAUGCGUUUGAGGCCCACGAUAUAUAAAAUUCUACUACUUGUAUAUAAAAGCUUAAAUAAUCUUGCUCCCUCAUACUUGUCAAACCAAUUCUAUCUUUAUAUUCCUAAUAGAAGCCUUAGUUCGUUUUAAGGAUAACUUCCUCCUUCGGAUUCCCCAAAUUUGAUUAAAGAGGAAAUCGAGCUUUAGCAGUGGCUGGUCCCACGCUCCUGUCAUUAGGCUUAAAACAGUUUAAAAACUUUUUAAAAUUAAACUUUGAUGUAUUAUUCCAUGUUUUACUGUGUUAUUUUAUGAUUGUAUAUUUUUACACUGUACAGUACCUUCCUUAUUUUAAGUGCUUUAUAAAUAAAAUGAACUUGAACUUC